GACCCCUCCCCAAUCCUGCCGCAUCCACCGACACUUCGUCCAACCAUCCCGUUUUUGCGCGUCUAUCUCCCACCCCAACCCCCCUUCUUAUCCAAACAACGUCCAGUUGUAUGACCAAGGCGCUUACGGUCCAUACCAACAAUCCAACAUCUCCUGCCCAUAAAAGCCCCAGUUUCCAUCGAGGUAGCGUGCCACAGCCAGCUCUCUACACCCCCAUCGCUCCCAGCCCUUUUCAUCGGUGGAUUCCGUGCACAACCCCACCAGUAUGAGCCAUCACAGCACGCCCCAUUUGUACAACAAAAGAACGCCAGGCUCCAUGAACGACGCAGGCUCUGCAGGCAUGAUGAAAGGACCCGGUGGAAACGGUGCCGCCAGCGGAAACUCGGCUGCUGCCAAUGCCACCGCAGCAGCAGCAGCCGCCACGGCAGCCGCCAACAACCGCCCGAUCUUGGAUGCCUCCCACAGCGUGUCAGACACCCAGGCAGCCAACGCCAAACAGUUGUUAAAUGCGUACAUCUACGACUUUCUCAUAAAGAGCAGGUUGCCGCAAAGCGCCAAAAUCUUCGCCAACGAGGCCGACAUCCCGUCUGUACCGGCGUCCAAGUCCCAUCAGUCGUCCAACAAGAACUCGCCCCAGAUCAACUCAGGCAACCCCAACUCCUCCUCGUCCAACUCGCCCCAGAUGCCAAACAACCAGUUCAACAAGGACAACAACAUACCCCUUUGUAAUGUGGCGAUGGAUGCCCCUCAGGGUUUUUUGUUUGAAUGGUGGCAGGUGUUUUGGGACGUCUUCCAGGCGAAGAACGGAGCCAAUACCUUGAACAAGGGCGCCAGUCCUAACGUGGCCCUUCAAUACUACCAACUACAGUUGUUGAAGCAAAGACAGCAGCAGGAGAUGCAAGGGCUAAACGUACAGGCUGCCAUGAUGGGUGCUGCCGGCAUGCCAAACGGCGGCCCCAAUGCUGGCCCUGGAGGUGUUCCCGGAGCAGGAGCGGGCCAAUUCCAUCCUCAACAGAACCCACAUCCUCAAUUACUCCAGCAGCUUCAGAUGCAAUUGCAGAUGCCUCAGGCCCAACUUCUUGCACAGGGGCAACAGGGCCAAGCACAGCCUGGCCAGGUUCAAGGCGCCCAGGGCCUGCAGCCUCAGGGUCAACAACCCCAGAUUCCUCAAGGCCAAAUGCCCCAACAACCACAGCAGCCCCAACAGGGGCAGCAGCCACACAUGCCACCACAGGGUCAACCCGCAAUGGAUCCCCAACAGCAACAGCGAUUAAUGAUGCAAAUGAUGAUGAAGCAACAACAACAAGGUGCUUCCCAACAGCAUAUUCCCAUCAGUGGAAAUCCUUUGGACCCCCAACAACAGCAAUUAUUGGCUAACAUGGGUCCAAACAAUGGCUUGCACCUUCAACAACAAUUGUUCUUAUCGCAACAGCAUCAACAAUCACAGAAUAGAAUUCAACAGCACGCUCAGAAUCAAAUGAACAAUUUGCGUCAGCAAGCUGCUGUUGCUGCACAACAACAACAGCAGCAAGUGGCACAAGCGCAGAACCAGCCCCAACCACAUCUGCAUGAUGGAUCGAGCAAUAAUUCGCCUGCAAACGGCCAAAGAAUGGCCCAAAUGACUCCUCAGACUCAGCAGGCACCCGCUCCUCCUAUGAAUGGCAUGCAGCAGUUCCCUCAGCAGCAGGGUAUGAUGAGUGGUCCUGGCUCACAGGCUCCCACGCCUUUCGCACAGGGACAAGCUCCACCUCAUGUUGUUAGAAUGAACAGCGCGAGUGGAAAGGCAGGAAUGCCUAACCAAGGUAGCCCAGUGAUGGCUAAUGCCAAUAACAACGGGGUAAAUAAUAACCUCAUGAACAAAAAUGUUAACAACAAUAAUCCUAAUAAUGCUAAUGCCAACGUCAAUGGGGCAAAUAGAAAUAUGAACGCUCUUCAAGACUACCAAAUGCAAUUGAUGUUGUUAGAGAAGCAAAAUAAGAAGAGGCUUGACAUUGCAAGAAAUAAUGGAAACGUCGACCAAGGACAGGCCCUUUUGGGUGGAAAUAUUUUACCUGGUCAACAACAGCAACAAGGUAUUCCAGGUGGAGGUGCUCAACAACUUUCUCAAAAGGCAUCACCAGCCACAGCUACCAAUUCUCCAGUCAUAAAUAAUAAACCAUCGCCUUCGAGCGCAGGAGGAAAGAAAAAGAAAGAGGCACCUGCCAAGAGAGGAAGGAAGCCUAGCACUGGCGGGGCCAAUGUACAAUCUACACCAGUAAACAAUAAUGCUGCCAACACUCCUAGUUUACUAAAGAAGGAGUAUAAUGCCCCUCUCACUCCAGCUUCAGAGUCACAAAAUGAUCUCAAGAGGAAGAGAAAGAAUAAUGGUGCUCCAGAUUCACCCAAGAAGCAAGCAACUUCCAAGGGAGCUGUCAAGAAGGAAAAAUCCAUCAAAGAGGAAACUGGAGAUGAAUCCAAUCAAGCUAAGAAGAAAGAUGACGGAAACAUGUUACCUCCAGCAGUCACAUCCAACUUCCAAGAUCCAGUUGGUGCACCUGAUCAAAUAUUCCCAGUGGAGAUCCUCAGUGGUAAUGGAGCAGGUGAUAGUCAUAACUUUUUCGGUACUUCCACUCAGCCAAGCCAGGGCGCUUUAGAUGAUAUUGAUUUCGAUUUCAAUCAAUUCUUAGACGGCAAUGGUGACAGUGGAUUGAAUGAUGGAAUUGGAGGGUUCAAUUGGGGAAAUGUGGAUGCAAUUGAGAAUGGAGAUUAGUCCUGUUUCCAAUGUCUAGGUAAUUCUGACAAGCCUUUUCUUCAUUGACUUUUUGUUUUACACUUUAUUUCUAUCAU